AUGAGAUUCACGCUACGGGCACUCAAUUCACGAGUCUCUGAACUAGGGUUUCGUGAUUUCGCUAGAUCUCUGCAAGGAGGAGAGUCAGUCGCAAGAGCUCCCAUACGGAUGCAUCGACCAAAGUUUGAUUUGGAGCAAGAUCUGCGGUCAUCGGAUAUAGAGUCAAUGAGCGAUGCUUUUGAUCGGAAUCAACAGCCCAAAAUCCCAUCCAGCCGAAAGAGGAUCCCAACACCGCCAUCCGCUGGUUCUGAAGCUGUAUGGCCUGGUCGUGAUAUACCUUUGAAUCUGAAGCAGAGUCGUCUGGUUGUUCAAAUCAAGGCUGAACUGGAGUACUUUUUCAAUUCGCACGAGUGUCCACAGCAGUUAUCUACUCUUAAUUGGAGUAUGACUAAACUAUUCCUAUCUCCUACUGAACGAACUUGUUUUGUCGCUUGGACUCAUUUGAGUCCUUCAGAUACUCUGAGCUUGAUGGCAGUAACAACCAUGCUCGAAGCAUACCAAAUCCCCCUCUCACGGUUGCUAAAGCAUCGAAUACGGCAAGGUCGCUACUUCCCACGUAUAAGGUUCAUUCGGGAUAGUGUGGAAGAUAUAUAUACUCGCUCAGAGGCGGAAGCUAAAGCUGAAAAGUAA